GACUCUCUGUGUGUGGAGGGACACCGAUACGCGGGCCCGUUAUUUAGUUGGCUACAGGAAAACUGGAACUUAACAUCCUGCAAUUGUAGUGUCCUAUUCAAACCAUUAACUUCCAGCGAGUUAGAGGGAGGAAGCUAACUUCGUCAAGUUUUCCGUUUUUUUUUGGUGAAGGCGUGUAACGGGACCGGAUCGUUUCGCCCGGAGAAAGUGGACUAGGAGAGGAGAGGAGGAUCGGACACGGUCAACCACCACAUAUCAGCGGCGGAGCUAGGCGCGAGACUGCUGUCCGUUUUGGGGAUGUUGUCCGUCGUUGCUCUCAUGCCGAGCUGGAUGUUGAUGAUGAUGAUGAGCUUCGCGUGGAUACCACCGGGUUUAGGCUCGCGCCUGAAGUCGCCUGCGCUGCCCAUCCAAUCCGAGCGUGAGCCGGUUCCAUCGAAAGGGCUGUCGGGGUGCUCCUUUGGUGGGCGUUUUUACUCUCUGGAGGACACAUGGCACCCUGACCUGGGAGAACCUUUUGGAGUCAUGCACUGUGUCAAGUGCUACUGCGAACCGCAGCGUAGUAAGAGGAAGGUGUUUGGGAAGGUGAGCUGUCGCAACAUCAAGCAGGACUGUCCAGCCGCCAAGUGUCCACACCCGGUACUGCAGCCUGGACACUGCUGCAAGAGCUGCCCUGACGGCUACAGUGAGCAGCCGCCUCUGGAGCCGAUGUUUGACGGCUACGAGUAUCUUCUGGACAAGGAGAAGGAGGGAGACCUGCACAAGACCUACAACGACCGCUCAUACCUCAACUCCGAACACAUACGCACCAGCCCCACACAGACACGCACAGAUUUUGUGGCGCUUCUUACAGGUGUUCGUGACUCCUGGCUGCCCAGUUCCAGUGGAGUGGCCCGUGCACGCUUCACACACACACACACUGGACUGGCAUUCUCCAUCACCUACAAGAGGUUUGCAAGGCCCAGUCGUGUGGUGUUUCUGGACUCUGAUGGAAACACAGCAUUUGAGUUCAGAGUUCCGAAAGAAGACACAGACAUGAUCUGUGGCAUUUGGAAGAACCUUCCCAAGUCUCACCUGCGGCAGCUGGAGGCGGAGCAAUUGCGCGUUUCCUUGGUGACGUCCAAUGGCAAGAGAGAGGAGAUCACAGGAAACGUCAUCAAGCACAGAGCCCUCUUCGCAGAGACUUUCAGUGCCAUCCUGAGUUCGGAGGAGGAGCAUGCGGGGGCAGGAGGCAUUGCCAUGAUCACGCUCAGCGAAUCAGAAAACAACCUGCACUUCAUACUGAUGCUGAGGGGCCUCAUCACACACACAGCCUCUCUGGUUCCUAUCCGUGUGACCCUUCAGUACCGUCAGCAUGUACUCCGGGAGAUCAGAUCUAACAUCAGUGCUCAGGACACUGACUUCGCGGAGGUCCUGAGUGAGCUGAACAGUCGCGAGCUCUUCUGGCUGUCGCGCGGCCAGCUGCUGGUCACCGUGGAAACGGAGGACAACAACCCUCGCAUGCUCUCUGGCCUCAUCGCCGGCAGGAAGUCAUGUGACCUUCUGCAGAGUGUGAUGGCUGGGGGUGAGGCCCUGUCUCCCACCAAGACAGGCGGCGUGGGCUCAGCGAUCUUCCAUCUCCAUGACAACGGAACCCUGGACUACCAGGUGCAGGUGGUGGGCGUGUCCAGCAAGGUGAUUGGCGUGUCUCUGGAGCUGAAACCACGGCGACGAGCCAAGCGCAGUGUGCUGCACGAGCUCAUGGACCAAUCACGUGGCGGCUGGUGGGCGGAGCAUGGAGGUGGGAGGGGCCAGGGCAGUGUGGGGCGUUUGGAGGCGCGGCAUAUCCACAUGCUGCUGCAGAACGAGCUGUUUAUCAACGUCGCCACGGAAACACACACCGACGGAGAGCUGAGGGGACAGAUCGUAUCGCUACUGUACAACGGGCUGGAGACGAGCAACACACACGAGCUCCCGGUCCCCCUGGCAGGCCAGCUGGUCACCCCCCCGGUCAGCACCAGUGCGGGGGGCCACGCCUGGGUCUCCCUGGACGACCGCUGCCACCUGCACUACGAGAUCAUCGUGAGCGGGCUCAGCAAGGGCGACGAGCUGGCCGUCAACGCCCACCUGCACGGAUUGGCCGAGAUCGGGGAGAUGGACGAGGCCAGCACCAACCAGAGGAGGCUGCUCACCGGCUUCUACGGGUCGCAGGCCCAGGGGGUGUUGAGGGAUCUGAGUGUGGAUCUCUUGAGGCAUCUUGACCAGGGCACAGCCUUCAUACAAGUCAGCACCAAACUCAACCCCAGUGGAGAGAUACGCGCUCAGGUGCACGUUCCCAACAGUUGUGAGUUUGGUUCCCGUGGCGACGUGGUGGAAGAGGCGGAGUUUGGUGACCUGGUGUUCGUGCGCGACCCAGAGGAGCUUCGUAAGGAUCCCCUGACCUGCUUCUUCGAGGGCGAGCACCACACGCACGGCUCUCACUGGACACCGCAGUACAACGCCUGCUUCAACUGUAGCUGCCAGAAGCGUACGGUCAUCUGUGAUCCCGUCAUCUGUCCUGCGCUGUCCUGUCCACACACCCUCCAGCCUGAAGACAAAUGCUGCCCCGUGUGUGACGAGAGUAAAGACCAGAGGGACUCCAAAACUGCUCAGAAACCAGAGGAGCACCCAGAGGGCUGCUAUUUCGAGGGGGACCAGAAGAUGCAUGCUCCAGGCACCUCGUGGCAUCCCUUUGUGCCCCCCUUCGGAUACAUCAAAUGUGCUGUCUGCACCUGCAAGGGCGCUACUGGAGAGGUCCACUGCGAGAAGGUGACCUGCCCUGUCCUCAGCUGCUCCCGGCCAAUCAGACGCAGCCCCACCGACUGCUGCAAGGUGUGUCCCGUGGAGGCCCCACCCCUUGAGGAAGUGGGGGAGGAGCUUAUGCAGGGGGACGGCCCCCCGCCCUGCAAGUUUGGGCGGAGCUACUACCAGCACAGCGAGAGGUGGCACCCCAGAGUCCCGCUGGUGGGGGAGGUCAAGUGCAUCACCUGCUGGUGUGACCAUGGCGUGACCAGGUGCCAGAGGAAACAGUGUCCAGUGAUCAGCUGUAGCAACGUGGUGCACCGAGACGGGAAAUGCUGCCCAGAGUGUGAAGAGUCGCUGUCCAAGGAGGAAGAGGAACUACUGGCCAAGACAUCACACAAGAGGAAGACAUGGGCACACUGACACACACACACACACACACACACACACACACACACACACACACACACACACACACACACACACACACACACACACACACACACACACACACACACACACACACACACACACACACACACACCAAUAUUGAGACAGAUGGAGCUAUGAAACCAAAUGCUCUCUCUCUCUCUCUCUCUCUCUCUCUCUCUCUCUCUCUCUCUCUCUCUCUCUCUCUCUCUCUCUCUCUCUCUCUCUCUCUCUCUCUCUCUCUCUCACACACACACACA